CUGUAAACAAACGGCAGUAGCCUCAUUUUUUUUCUAAUUGCUUCUUCUUUCAAAAGGAAAUAUGUCAGAAGUUGCGGCUCCAGUAACUGCUGAUGGUCCGAUAAAGGAUGACGCAGUUAAAAAAGCACAAAAACAAAGAAGAAGAAACAAGAAAAAGAGUAAAAAGCAACGCUUAGCGGAAGAAGCGCAGCGAAAAGAAUUGGAAAAGCAACAUGAAAAAGAUGAUUCACUAAAAGACGUUGAAGUUGAAUAUGUUGUCCAACCUAUUGACUUGUCCGCUUUAAAAAAAGCGGAUGGUAUGUCAAGGUUAGAUGAAAACACACUUCAACAGUUUUCAGAAAUUUUUAAGCAUUUUCAAAAUGGCAAACCUGAACAAGAUGAAGAAGAAUUCCCUGUUUAUGAUAAAUCACAACUCCAAAACGGCGAUAUAAAUGAAGCUGAUGAGGACGAAGAAAAUAAAGAAUCAGAUCAAGCUCUAUCUAAAAAGAAGUUGAAGAAAAUACAACGUUUGACAGUUGCUGAAUUGAAACAGUUGGUAAAGAAACCAGAAGUUGUAGAGUGGUGGGAUGUUACCGCUAGUGAUCCCAAACUUCUCAUUUGGUUAAAAUCAUAUCGUAAUACUGUCCCAGUGCCUGCACACUGGAGCCAGAAACGCAAAUACUUACAGGGAAAACGUGGUAUUGAAAAGCCACCAUGGGAACUUCCUGAUUUCAUAAAGGAUACAGGUAUUAUGGAAAUGCGUGAGGCAGUCAGAGAAAAGGAAAAUGCAGCAGGCUUAAGAGGAAAGAUGAAAGAAAAGGUCAACCCAAGAAUGGGCAAAUUAGACGUUGAUUAUCAAAAAUUACACGAUGCUUUCUUCAGAUUCCAGACCAAACCAAAGUUUACUAUACAUGGUGAAUUAUAUUAUGAAGGCAAAGAAUUCGAAACAAAAUUGAAAGAACAAAAGCCUGGACAGCUAUCUGCAGAAUUGAAAGAAGCGCUGAAUAUGCCACCGUUGGCACCUCCACCUUGGUUGAUCAAUAUGCAACGCUAUGGCCCACCACCAAGCUACCCAAAUCUAAAGAUUCCUGGGUUAAAUGCGCCAAUACCAGAAGGCGCUCAAUGGGGAUACCAUCCUGGUGGUUGGGGAAGGCCUCCUGUUGAUGAAUAUAACCGUCCCUUGUAUGGUGAUGUCUUUGGUGUUGCUCAACCUGAAGCUGCGCCACCAGAAAUUGUAGAGCCAGUAGACAAACAGCUUUGGGGUGAACUCGAACCAGAAGAGGAAUAUGAAGAGGAAGAAGAGGAAGAAGAAGAAGAGGAGGAGGAGGAGCAGACAGAAGAACAACCAGAGGAAGAAGCCGAGGCAGAAGCUGAAGCUACUCAGGACCUUGCAGAUGGUUUGGAAACUCCAUCUGGAAUAGCUUCUAUUGCUUCUGGACUGGAAACACCAGCCCAUAUUGAACUUCGAAAGGACCGUAAACGCGAAGAAGAUGAAGGUCCUAAGCAAUUAUAUCACGUUUUACCAGAAGUCAAGAAAAAUAUCACUGGCUUUAUGGGAUCACAGCAUGGUUACGACAUUUCUUCAAUCAAUCAAACCACGCCUUCUAAACGAAAAGGUGAAAAUGUCGAAGUGGCUAUUGAUCCUAGCGAAUUAGAACGAGGUUUAGACGAAUCCACGCUCCGUGCAAAAUAUGAUGCAGAGCGAAAAGCAAAGAUGGGCAUUACUGCCACUGAUGAGGACUUGUCUGACAUGUAUGCUGAAUAUGCAAGCAGACAGGCAAAGAAACAAAAGACUCAAAAGCAUUAA